AUGUCUGAUAAUAAUGUAUCUUCUACCCCGUACACUGAUACGGAUGGCAUGGGCGGGCCGAGCCCCGACUCGUCCUCCAACCCAAACCAUCUCCUGAUUCCAUCCAGUACUCCACAAGCAAGGCGUAAAAGAGGUCUAUCUUUAAGAACUCAAUUGUUCAACAAAGCGCUCGCCUCAAACUUGAUCAACCCCAGCGUGUUUGAACUUAACGCCAAACAAAAUGACUCCAUUGAAAUGUCUUCAAUGUCUCAGACUGAGAACACAUCCGUCCACUUCAAUGUUCCGAUCCAAAGAUCAGGAACUCCUCAAAUUACAAUCGAGGAGCUGAAUGACGACCGCAAACCCGGCUUUUCCCCAUACGGCUACUCUAGUACCAGCUUAAAUGGUCAGAGUUCCCACCUUCUGUCUGACUCCAUUGCAAGUGAAGCAAGCUCGUUUGAGUUCAUAUCUAGGCAAAGAAAAGUUCACCACCGACACCAGCUCUUUAGUUCAUUGACGAAGCUCAAGAAUAAGAUAUUGGGCAAAACAGAGCUCCCACCCACCAAAAAUGGAAGAGUCAUCCCCGUCUCCUUCAGCAAAGGCAUCAACAGUGUGUUUGGUCUUGACCUCUACGAUGAGACAACAAAGGACCUUAUAGACGAGCGUUCGGGCGAACCGUACUGUUCGAACGUGAUAACGUCGUCAAAAUAUACCAGGUAUUCAUUCUUACCCAAACAGUUGCGGGCCCAAUUCUCCAAGAUCGCCAACUGUUACUUUUUGUGUGUAGCUAUCAUGCAAAUGAUACCAUCUUGGUCCACCACCGGUAAGUUCACUACCAUUAUUCCCUUAAUGAUCUUUAUAUCCAUUUCGAUAGCAAGAGAAGGUUUUGAUGACUGGAAGAGACAUAAACACGACAAGGAGGAGAACAAUCGAACUUGCGUGCGUAUCAAAGAAGACGACCUGUUGAGCAGUUUUGAUGCCCAAUCCAUUUCGACCGAAACUUUAAGUGUUGAUAUGAAUGGUUCUGAAGUCUCGUUUCAAUCCGUACAGGAUACGGAGACGCCGGUAUUCUCUGCACAUGAUAUACAGUCGCUUCAGAGGUAUAACUUGAAGGAAGUAAGAUCUCGUUGGAAGGAGAUUCGUGUUGGUGAUGUUAUUAAAGUAUGCGAAGACGAAUGGAUUCCUGCUGAUAUUGUGUUGUUGUCUGUUCUUAAUGAUACUGAAGCUGAUAUAGCUUAUAUUGAAACCAUGGACUUGGAUGGAGAGACGAACCUCAAGUCGAAGUUUUCUCCUCCAGACGUUUCCAAUGUGAUGUCAAAGGCUUCAGGAUUAAAGAACUUUAAUGAGUUGAUGACCGUAGAAGACCCAAAUACUGAUUUAUAUAACUUUGAGGGGUUGGUAAACCUCGAAGAUAAAUCAAUUCCUUUGGGACCUGACAAUAUUGUGUACAGAGGUUCGAUUUUGAGGAACACCAACUCGGUACUUGGUUUGGUAAUAUUCACGGGUGAAGAAACUAAAAUCAGAAUGAAUAACAUCAAGAACCCAAGAACUAAAGCUCCAAAACUUCAAAGAAACAUCAACUAUAUUGUCAUUUUCAUGGUGUUUGUGGUGGCUUCUUUAUCUGGAUUUUCACUUAUGGCCCAAAAAUUUAAGUAUGGUGAUAUCAAAGACAAAGCUUGGUAUUUGUACAAGAAAGAUGCCGGUACGGCACCAACUCUAAUGAGUUUCAUCAUCAUGUACAACACGUUAAUUCCCCUUUCACUAUACGUUACCAUGGAAAUUAUCAAGUUGGGUCAGCUCCUCCUUUUGCAAUGUGAUAUUGACAUGUACCACGCUGAAAGUAAUACCCCUGCAGAUGCAAAAACUGCUACUAUUUUGGAGGAGUUGGGUCAAGUGAGUUACAUAUUCAGUGAUAAAACUGGAACGUUGACGGAUAAUUUGAUGUUUUUCAGGAAGUUUAGUGUUAACGGAAUGUCCUGGUUACAUGAUGUAGAUGUUGCAUCUAGAGAAAGUGAUAGUGCAAAUUUCACUUUUGUUGAGCCAGAAGCUCUUGAUACUGACCACAUAAAUGAGCAAGUCCUUCAAGGAAGUCGUACCAACUCAUUUGAAGUUUCAUCGAGGAAGAGCACCACUUCUUAUGUCAGAGAGAGUAUAGAGUUGAGCCCUACCCAAUCCACCCCUGCCUGGAAAUCUACUGCUAACCCAAAUAAAUUGCAAGAUUCUGAAAGCUCCCUUGGGUUGUUAAAGUAUAUCCAAUCUCACCCAAACACCUUAUUCUCCAGAAAGACCAAGUUCUUCUUGCUAAGUGUAGCAUUGUGUAGCACAUGUUCUCCAAAGAGGAAACAAGCUCCACCUGAUGGGUCUUUGAACUCUUUGGAAAACACUAGUGAUUUUGAAGACGAUCAAGAUAUUUCCUACCAGUCAUCUUCCCCAGAUGAGAAGGCGUUAGUGGAGGCAGCUAGAGACUUGGGUUUCGUUGUUUGUAACAAAAAGAACAACCUGGUAACAUUAAAGACAUAUCCAAAUGGGUUUAAAGAAGCUCCUAAAUUCGAGCAAUAUCAGGUUCUCGAUGUCAUCGAGUUUUCUUCUACAAGAAAAAGAAUGUCUAUUAUUGUGAAGUUUCCAGAUAAUAGAAUCUGUGUAAUUUGCAAAGGUGCUGAUAAUGUGAUUAUUGAAAGGUUGAAACAUUCCGAAAUGGCCAAGACAAAAGCCAAGGAGAUCUCCUUAAAUGCAUCGGAGAGAAAAAUGAUGGAAGCGGACGUCGUUUUACAAGACAGAUUUUCUCAGGAAGCAGAGGUCAGAAGGUCCACUGGAUCAAUCAAAUCUAUUAGAAAAAGUCUUCAUUUGAGUGGUCCUUCUAGUCCGGAAAUAGCUGACACAAUAAAGUCAGUAGACAGUUAUUUGAUGACGAAAGAUGAAAGCGAGGUUAAUGAUGUAGCUCAGAGGGCACGGGAAUCAUUGCAUCUUCAACAAGCACAAAGGUACAGUCUUGAUUCAACAAAUGGAAUUCCUCAAACAGAAUACUCUUUUGUAGUGGACGAUAGAAUCCUUGUUAAUGAUGAGUAUUUGAUAGAGAAGACCUUGGAACAUGUUGAAGAAUUUUCUACCGAAGGACUUAGAACCCUAUUAUAUUCGUUUAAAUGGAUGGACCAGAAAGAUUAUGAACAGUUCAGUGAAAAGUACCAAAUUGCCAAGAGUGCAUUGUCGGACAGAGCAAAGAAGGUGGAAGAGGUUGGAGAAUCCAUUGAACAUAGUUUUGAUCUCAUUGGUGCUUCUGCUAUUGAGGACAAGCUUCAAGAUGGUGUUAGUGAAGCCAUUGAAAAAUUAAGAAGAGCUGGUAUCAAAAUGUGGAUGCUUACAGGUGAUAAAAGGGAGACUGCCAUCAAUAUUGGCUACUCAUGUAGAUUAAUCAAAGAUUAUUCUACUGUGUCCAUUUUGAAUAUUGAUCAUGGCAAAGAUGAAGUAAGAAAGCGGAUCCUAAGUACGGUUAAAAAAGUCAAUGGGGGUGGUAUUGCUCACUGUGUUGUUGUUGUAGACGGUGCCACUCUUGCAACAAUCCAGAAUGAUGAAGCGUUGAUGGCUAUCUACAUUGAUUUGUGUGUGGUGGCCGAUUCAGCCAUUUGUUGUCGUGCAUCUCCUUCUCAAAAGGCAGCUAUGGUUUCAGCCAUUCGGAAUUUGGAUAAGAGGUCUGUAACUUUAGCAAUUGGUGAUGGAGCAAACGACAUCGCUAUGAUCCAAAGUGCUGAUAUUGGUGUUGGCAUAACAGGAAAGGAAGGUUUGCAAGCAGCCAGAGCAUCUGAUUAUGCCAUAGCUCAGUUCAGAUUCUUGUUGAAGUUACUUUUGGUAAAUGGGAGGUACAAUUAUGUUAGAACAUCGAAGUUUGUUCUUUGUACCUUCUAUAAAGAAUUGAUUUUCUACUUGACUCAAGCUAUGUACCAGAGAUAUACCUUGUUUUCGGGGUCUUCGGUUUAUGAAAGUUGGUCCUUAUCCAUGUUCAACACGUUAUUCACUUCUUUACCGGUUUUGGUGAUCGGGAUUUUCGACAAAGACUUGCAACCAGCUACAUUAUUGGCAGUUCCCGAAUUAUACUCAAAAGGAAGGUUAUACAAAGGAUUUAAUUUGAAAAUCUUUGUCACUUGGAUGAUUUUGGCUGCACUGCAAAGUGUUGGUAUUUCAUUUUUAUCUUGGUACAUAUGGGGCUUUAAUGCCUUGAAGGAUAAUUCAACCUUACCAUUGGGAACCCUUUUAUUCGCAUCAUUGGUAAUUAUUAUCAAUGCCAAAUGUGAAUUCACUGAAAUGCAAAAUAAGUCAUGGGUGUCUUUUGCAGCUUUCAUUAUUUCUGUGGGUGGAUACGGUGUAUGGAAUGUUGUUAUUAUGAUGUUGUAUCGCUCACUGUCUCACAGCAUCUUCUAUGCUGACUACGGCUUAUUGGAAUUUGGACAAGACGUCAGCUGGUGGGCGUCUUUGCUUGUUAUCUCUGUUAUUCCAAUUUAUUUGGAUGUUAUAAUCAAGGUUUUCAAAUUUAUUAUCAAACCUAAUGAUGAUGAGAUAUUUAGAGCCAUUGAAAAGGAUAUACACAUGAGAAGAAGCUUUGAGCAAAAGGCAUAUAACGAGUUGAAAACAGGGUGGACUUCACCCAAAGAUUCAUCUAUUUGGUACAAACGAUACAUCAAGGUUAUAAAUGGUUUGCUGAGUCGAUUGGGUCUGAAUAUCCAUUUGAAGGACAAGUAUAUGGAUGAAACCAGUGAACAGAGGAAAAGAGCCGGCACUUCUACCAGCCCAGAUGAACUACCACCAGGCUCAGAUGGAGAAGUAGUAUACAGUGUUGGUGCAGAAUAUCACGCUUCUAAUAAUAAUUCUGAAUAUGAAGUAUUGCCAAGUGGUAAGAGGGUAAAGAGAAACAGAUCAAAGAGUAUUUUGGAUCGGAUUACCAGAACGGAACAUGAGGAGGAUAUCGAUGCUAUCAUUUCUGACAGACUUGAUGGGUUUAACCGAAGAUAA